UGUACGCGCGGGAAAUUAGACAUUGACACUUAGUUUUUUUUUGUGACAGUGAAGCGUGAGUGUUUAGUGUUUAAGUGAUUGUGUUAAUGGAUUUAUGAAGGAGUAUGUGAAUCAAAAUCACAAUGUACCAAGACCAGGACUCUGAGCACAUUGACAUCGACCAGGACGAAAGCAGAUCGAACAGCCCGAAAAUGUUCUACAAACCAGAAGAGAAGACUGUUAUAAGCCAGAAAAAAUCCUUUUGCAUCGACGCGUUGCUAUCGAAACACGACGAAAAAACCCAGAAAUAUAUGGCGUUGAUGAACAAGAAUUAUAUACGGUAUAAUGAUUACCAGGAGAGUCAUGAAGGGUUUGAAAGGGAGAGAGUCAGUGAGAGUCCUAAAAGUGGGAGUAGCAGGAGUCUGUCCCCUGGGUCUGAGGAAGGGAAUCGAUCUGAGACCUAUAGUCCACCGAUAUCGCCAGGUGUUGAGGGGGGCAAUGAAGAUUUUGAAAGUUAUAGACCAGGAAUCGUACCAAAACCCGGCCUCCUUCCACAAAACCCAGCGUUAGUAGCAGCUCAGUCUGCUUUAUUCAACUAUCCGCAAAUGAGUCCCAUGCCCCAGGGUGGGCCAAUGCCGUCCGCCUUUCAUCACCCCGGGGACAGAGUCCUCCAUCACAUGCAGUUGGAAUGGCUCGCCAGGACUGGAAUGUUUUACCAUCGGAUUCCGGAGUUGGGAGGCGCUCCACACGCACUCCUGGGGAAGACCCGCCGGCCCCGAACCGCGUUCACCUCACAACAACUUUUGGAACUCGAGAAGCAAUUCAGAAUGAACAAAUACCUCUCCAGACCGAAGCGGUUUGAAGUAGCCACUAGUUUGAUGCUUACUGAAACUCAGGUAAAAAUAUGGUUUCAAAACCGCAGAAUGAAGUGGAAGCGCUCGAAAAAAGCGCAACAAGAUAGCAAAAGCAAGGACUCGCAUACGAACGACGAGAAAAACAAAAAGGAGGUUCUACCCGACCAUGACAAACCUCCGCAAACGGCGGGCGAUUUGACACCAGCUGUCAAACCUCCUCCCCUGUUAGACAGGGACAGGAUGAUCGCGUUGGAAAGGGAACGAGCGAUGGCAGCAGCAAACUUUAAUUCGAAUUUGGAAAACAAUAGACGCGGGCUAGUUAUGCCAAGCCAAGAUGGCCGACCCGGGAUGGACAUGUUUAGGCCGUAUGUAGUAUGAAAUUAAAUUAAUUUUUAUUUGUUAAUUAAUAUAAAACGUUAUAUGGCCGGAAGUGUAACGGACAAAAAAAAGAUUAUUACAUUAUUUACAGAGAUUUUAUUAGCGAGACAACCUUAAACUGACCACGCCUUCUGCACUCAAUUUAUGUAAUUAAAUCGUUUAUGUCCGUGAAAAGUUUAUUUAAAUAAUUGUCAGAUUUUUACG